GGCUGUUUCACAUCAUGGUAAAAGGACCAGAAAGGACUCCGGCAAAAUCAACACGCUGUCCACAGUUUUUGGUAAGAAAGGUUUCCACAUCAACAACGUUGCUGUUUUUAACUGGAUUCACUUCCCGAAAAGAACAAAUGCUUAAAUGCUGGAGGUUAUCUGUAGCCAAACAGGCGACAACUUUUGCUACAUCAGCCAUGAAGUUCAAAAACACCAAACCGAGACCUGUGGCUCCACUAGGCUCCCGGAUUCUUACCAGUACUGACGAUAUUUUUAAGCACAACAUGUGGGACCAUGUUGAGUGGACUGACGAGGACAAAGAAGAUGCACGAAAGAAAGCUCAAGAAAAUUCUCAUGAGCAAAUUCCUGCUGCAGAAAAAGGUAAAUUCGAUGCAGAUGCUUGCCAGUAUUGGGACAAGUUUUAUGAGAUCCACCAGAAUAAGUUUUUCAAAGAUCGCAGGUGGCUGUUUUUAGAGUUUCCGGAACUUCUUUAUCCAUCACUCAAAGAAGACCAUGGCAAAAACGUGCAUCAUCAGUCUGAAGUGAUCCAGAUUCAGAGUGGAUGCACAGCAAACACAGAGACGAGACAUUAUCAACAUAAUGAUCCCACUGAGGACUCCUGGAAAAUGAACAACUUCAAUUUUCAGGGAGAGCAAGGGCCAAAGGAGGUCUCCUUUUAUCCUGGAUAUGAUGCAUCUUUCAGGAUAUUGGAGGUUGGAUGUGGAGUUGGAAACAGUGUUUUUCCUAUUCUUAACAACAUCAGGAACACAGACUCCUUUUUGUAUUGUUGUGACUUUUCAUCUCGCGCUAUUCAGAUUGUCAAGGAGCAUCAAGAUUACGAUGAUUCUAUAUGUCAUGCUUUUGUCCAUGACAUUUGUGAGGAGGGAUCCUCCUUCCCUUUUCCUCUUCAGAGCCUGGAUGUUAUUCUGGCGGUUUUUGUGCUUUCCUCCAUCCAUCCAGAGCGAUUGCAAGGAGUUGUGAACCGACUGUCAUCGUACCUGAAACCUGGAGGAAUGUUCCUCUUCCGGGAUUAUGGAAGAUACGACUUCUCCCAACUCAGGUUUAAGAAAGGGAGAUGUUUAUCAGAAAAUUUCUAUACCAGAGGAGAUGGAACCUGUGUCUAUUAUUUCACUGAAGAAGAAGUUGGAGAUUUGUUUUCUAAAGCUGGACUGGAACAGAUUCAGAACUUGGAGGACCGACGACUUCAAGUGAACAGAAAAAAGAAAGUUGCAAUGCGCCGAGUGUGGAUGCAGAGCAAAUUCAGGAAACCAAAUCCUGAACACUCCCCCCACCACUGCUGCAGCUGAUAAUCGUUCAUGACCCUUUUUCAUAAAUGUUUUUUUACAUAAAACUAGUUAUAAUAAAGUUCUAAAACAUUACAAGAAAGAGCUAUAAGGUGUUUUACUGUAUUGAUAUUCCCUACAAGAUUUAACUGGCUCCAUUUUUAACCGGCAUGUCCAAAGUCCGGCCCAUGUGCCCCAUUUCAAAUUUCUGUGGGCCCUUGCCAUAAAAUCAAUAUUUGAGACCUCCAACCCUUUUUAAGGACUGUACGGUUUCCUGCUUGUGAUUGGCUGAAUUAUGUUGUGUCUUCAAAUCAGAAAUACACUGUGAUUUUGAUUAAAAAAUAUAUAUAUUU